CUUCGUGGGAAAGGCUAGUGGCGGACCACUUCGGUGAACCCGUCGGCGAGCGGGCACGAUGCCGCGAAGUCAAUCUCGGGUGUCUGAGGAUGGGGGGGAGGACGAGAAUCGGAAGGCGCAGAAGAAUUGUUGCGUGUACAAGUACGUCCGCGUGGGACAGAGUCUCGGCGAGAGAUUCUGCGGCAAUCGCAUGUUGAAGUGCGUUUUCUGCGGCCACGAGUUCCAAGGCAACCAGUUUAUUGCGGCGCGCCAUUUCCGCCAGGGCAAGGGAUGUCCGGAAGUGACAGACAAGGCACUUGUCGACAUCCAGUAUAACAGUGAGUACAAGAUGUCGGACAAGUUCCUAGAGCGGGUACAACGAUUUAAGGAGCUUCACGGUGCGGCCCCUACGGUGGAUCCGCGACAGGACGAGGGGGGGGCGGGAGAGAUGAGGGACGUGGGGGAGCAGAUCGACGUAGACGACGACGUCGAGGAGGUUGCACGGGCGGGGGACUUGCCGGGGCGAGUGAAGGUGUUGUGGCCUUCAGAGAAUGAGAUCGCAGACAUAGAGACCAUUGUCCACAUGGCGGACGAUGUGGGAGCUGAUCUCGCGGAGGUCAGGGCUCCUUUCUAUGUCACGGGGUCCACCAUUAUGUCAGACGGAAGGAAGUCACGUGAUGCCAGACCCAUCGUUAACUUCCUUGCCGGCGGGUCGCGCGGGGUGAUGCUCGUCCGGACGAUGAACAGGGAGGGUAAGCGGGAUCGGACGCCUGAUGUGUUGGCGCGCUGGAUCAAGGUGUUCGAUGACUUCUCCCCUAAGUGGGUGAACGACAUCUGCACCGACUCCGCCUCGGCGUACGUCGCCGCGGCGAACAUGCUCCAGGGGCCCCAGCAGAGGCCGGAGCAUCGACGGAUCACGUGGCUCCAAUGCGCAGUGCAUGUCUGCAAUAAGAUGUUGUCAGACAUUGGCUGUUCGGGCCCGUGGUCCAAGGACAUCAUCGUGAGGGGGAGAGCGGUGGUGCGCUUCAUUAAGGAGCACGGCGCCGCUCUCCAUAUCUUCGGGGGGGAGAGCAGUCAGAUGGGCCUCAUCUAUCCUUGCGAGACAGGUUUCGCAUCCGUGUUCACGAUGGUGGAGCGUUUGCUGGCAGUGAGGUCAGCUUUGGAGAGGACGGUGGAUGGCGAUACUUGGGGUAUGGUCCCUUGGGACUAUUCCGUUUGUCAGUUGGCUAGGUGGGUCAGGUGGCAGGAUCUAGCCCGCCAGGUAGCAAAGGAGGUUUGUGCACUUCCGGCAGAUCUUGCACACUACAUUGUGCAGAGGGUGCAGGCUCAAUGCACUCACAUGCUGGAGCCGGCGCACGCCGCUGCUCACCUUCUCUGUCCCAGCCGGCGGGACUUGCGGUACUUCGAGGGCGUGGUCAGCGACUACGACACGAGCUUGGUGAGGGAGGCGGAGACUUACAUCUUGUCGCAGACAGGGUUCAGUGUGGCGAGCCACGAUUACGAGACCGCAUGUGCACAAUUUCGCGACUUCCACACACGGAGGGGGACGAUUGCUUGGGGGGGAAGAGAUGGAGAUAGAGAUGCACAGAGGUGCAGGGGCGAUGCAGAGACGUACGAGUCCGGGUGUUGGUGGUCGAGGUACGGGCAGUGCGCCCCGCAGUUGCAGGUUAUCGCUCUUCGUGUGAUGUACAUGUGGACGUGUUCCUCUCCUCUAGAGAGGAAUUGGGCCGUCCACGAGGAUGUACAGACGAAGAAGCGUAACCGGCUUGAGUUCGAGGAGGUCGCGAAGUUGGUUGAGAUCUCAGCCAACGUCUGCCUUCUCUCUCAUCAGCGGGCAGGUCGCGGGUUCGCGUUGCCGUGGACUCUAGGGAGGUAUCGGGAUUCGCCCCUCGUGGAAGGGGACAGACGAGAGCAGGACGCGGGAGGAGGUCGAGGAUCAGAGACGUUCAUGGCAGCGAGACCCAUGACUCAAGCCGCCACAUUGCACCCGUACCCUCGAGACGACAGUGAUUCCGAGGGUCACGAGGACGAGGACAAGCCGGCGGGCCCCGCUAGCGCCACUCCUGCGGCGGAUGAGCGUGAUGAGUGGAGCGACCCAGAGGACGUCCGUAGACGGAGUGGCGGAGAUGACCUUUUCGUUCGAGUUGAUUUGGAGGAGGAGUCUGGGGGUCCUCAUGGGAGCCCUUUAGAGCGUCCGAGGCCUACGUCCACUGCCCCGCUUCCCGCUGAGCGGGAGACAGAUCCUAGGUCUGCACCUUCGAGGGGGGCAGAGUCGGGGAUUGGCCAUCGUCCUCUGGAUCGAUUGCAGAGAUUGGUGAGGGGCCCGAGACAGCGAUUGGAGGACAGAUUGGAGGGCGGUCCUAUGUCGGUGCAGGGUGACGACGGAGACAGACAGGGGUUGGUUGGUGGAGAUGGUGGUGCGCUGGCCGGAGGUGGAGGCAGUGCCGAGGUUGAUGCGGCGGUUGAGGGGAUACCGAUGGGCGGCGGAGGUGGCUUCAGUGAGUUUGGCGAUAUGGGUAUGCCCCCGGGAGAGAGCGUGGGUCUGGCACGAGGAGAGAGCGAGUCCCGUGGGGACAUCAGUGUGGGUAUGCAGGACUUACUGGGACAGAUCAGCUUGGCGGACCCGAGUAGUUUCUCCCCUGCCAUGCACGCAGAGGUGAUGUUGGGGGCAGAGGGGGAUGAGGACCGGACACCCCCUGGAGAGACAUCUGCGGAGAGGCUGGAUAGGCUUGAUAGUCGUCGAGUGUGCCUCAUGGCACAGAGGGACCCCAGGACGCAUGAGCUCACCCGUCUUGCGGUCGAGGACCGGCAGAGGCAGCUGGGGACAUAUACGUCGGCGUCUGUUGACGUGGGGCCAGCUGCCCACACGGAUACUCCAGCAGAGGUUCACGACACGACGCAGUGGGAGGCGGCUUCGGCAGAGGUUUCGAGUAAGGGAGUAGAUGUUCAGCAGGGGACGCACGAGAGCGGGUUGGCACCUACAGAGGAGCUAUGUUCGGAGGUGGCGCAGCCUCCUGCCGUGCAGCUGAGGCCAGAGGAGAUAUUGCAGGAGGUCGCGGGCGUGCCUCUGCCCGCGGGUUCAGUUGAGGGUGCCGUGCAUAUGUCCCCGGGUCUGGAGGACAUACACACGGGGCAGUCAGUGGGCAUUGAUGAUAUUCGCCCAUCGGCACAGGCGGGGGGGAUAGCGCCGACCACCGGGGGGGACGAGGCCGUAGUAGGGGCCGUUGGUGUUGGCGGGUCGGGGGUGCCGUCCGCGGCCGAUCCGAUGUCCACGUCUGGCGGUGGAGACCCCGCACUGGUGGACAAGCGUGACGCGGACGGACAGGAGAUGCCGCAGACUUUGGUGGUUCGCACUGCUGUGGGGCCAGUGGUGCCACAUCAGGCACCGUUUUUGGAGGGUUAUAGGCGUCCUGCACAUGGCGGUGGCCCGGUCGAGGAGCGACGUGUGGGCAGGGGCGCGUGCAUACCCCCGGUCCCUACUUUUGCGCCGUCACGGACGAGGCCGGAGAUUAGGCACGUGGCUACGCCUCGAGGCAGCCUCCCUUUUGGUUUUAUGACCGCUGAGGAGUUGGAGGACCACGGCAGGAGGGAUUUGACGGAGAUCGACCAGCACGUUUUGAGGUCAGUCCCGGAGGAGGGGAAGUUGCCUCACGUGAAGGACUUAUCUCGGGGGCCAGCCAGCCCCAGCUUACCUUUUGGGUGUUCCAUUGCAGCGCCAUCUGGCGGGGCUGCAGGGGGCUUACCUUCUGGAGGUUCCGUCGCAGCGGCAACGGGCGGGGCCGCAGGGGACUUACCUUCUGGAGGUUCGGUCGCAGCGCCAUCUGGAGGCGCCGCAGGCCCUUCGUCACCCUUGAGCGCAGCUCCGAGGGAGGGCGGCAGCCUCACCCCGAAGUCGGUUGCCCGUAGACGGAGAGACACUACCCAGAGUGCGCGGGAGUUGCUAGACACCAUGUUGCUCGGUCGCACAAAUCGACCAUGGAGUGAGACGAGACGGGUGACGACGGCGAGUGUCGGUCGUCAGCCAGGUUUGAGAGGGGUUUCCACGAGCGCGAGACGUCGAGAUGUUGUAGCUGCAGGGUUUAGCGAUAGAGGGGGUGGCGGCGGUGGCAGUGGUGGCGACGGUGGCGGCAGACGUGAGGGUGCAGACAGUGCCACGACGAGCGCAGUGGAUCCGCCGCGGACGUACGGUUUGAGAGAGGCGUCGAUUAUUUUGGAGGAGCCUGGUGUUGUUACACAACUGAGGCAGGCCCGACACGUGCCCUUAGAUCGACGCCAAGAGAGGGAGACUUCAGGGACUGACGGUCUACCUAUGGCACGCGAGUCACGCCGACGUGAGGACCUAGCAGCAGCAACCAUCAGGACGGUGAGAGGCAGGAGAGUCAUUAUGGACGACGAUCCCGACGAGCUUCCCGUCGCUCCCGAGCCUUCCGCUGCCGGAUGCGGCGGCCAGCGUCAGAGAGAUCGAGGAGGUGGCAGGGGUCGGUCCCACGGAGGAGUUUCUCAUCGGUCCGAGCGAGAUCCACGUGCGCACGACGAUCGCUGACGGAUUACGGACUUGCAUUUUCGUGACUUCCUCAGUGUACUUUAGCUUUUUGUUAUC